AUGGCGAAUUUACCCAUCGGUUUAUGUGAUUCUUGUAAGGACCAGCCUUGUGUUGUUCGAUGUUUUGACCAUAGAAUGUUUCUUUGCCAUGGAUGUAACGAUAAGUUCCAUGUUGGUGGUGGUGUCUCUUCUGAGCAUCAUAGAAGGGAUGAUGUGGCGUACUACACCGGGUGUCCUCGUACUAGAUAUUUCGCGGUUGUGUGGGGUUUUCGAGUUAUGGAUGAUGAUGAUUUUUCGUUAGAGGAAUCUUUACGAAUGGUUAAACCUAAGGGACGAUCCGAGAUGAACAAGAUCUCGCCGUGUAGAGAAGCUAGUUUUGUCUUGGAACAGAUUCUUGAAUUGGAGAAACUUCAGCUCAAGGAAGAGAAUAAUGGUUUGUCUUUAAUAGAACGAGCUGAUCCAUCUCCAUUGGAGCUUCCAAUGAAAUCUAAAGAGCGGUUAAAGGAUCUUCCACAGACCGGAAAAGAGCUGAUUGUUGAUUUUUCACACUUUUCCUCGUCUUCUACACUUGGUGAGUCCUUUUGGGAAUACAAAAGUCCAUAUAAUAAGAACAUUCAGCUCUGUUUCUUGCGGUUGUGGCAUCAAAAUCUACAAGACAUUGGAGUUUGUGAAGAGACCGUUUGCGAAUAUGAUGACUUCCAUUUACCUGACAUUGAUCUCACUUUCAGAAACUUUGAUGAAGAGCAAUUUGGAGCUCAUCCAGAGCCGAUUGCAGACAGUAACAACAUGUUCUUUGUUUCUUCCUUAGACAAGUCAAGCAAGAUGAAGACUUAUUCUGGAUUAUUUAAUUUCCUUGAGCAAAAAGAGUUGUCUACUGAUGCAGCACGAGCUAGCUGCUUGGAACUUGACUACUGCAGAUCUUCAACCCUGCUUGAUGAGCUUGUCAUUCAUCAAAGACUUCCGAUUGUUUAG